CCCCAGUCACAGUUUCCAGGCUUGGUUGAAGUGCAGGGACUUUUUUUUUCCGGCGCCUUUCCCUCGCGGUUUUGGUUUGUUCUUCAGUCGCAGUGACCUGAGAUUGUGAGCUCAGAAUCAUGCAAGACCACAUCCAGAAAUCCGGCGGCAGGAACCGCAACGACAACAACAGCCCGCGUAAGAGGGAUUACCGCCAGGAUCCGGGCUCCGGGCCCGGCGGUGCUGCCGCCAACAACCACCAUCACCAGGCGGCCUCCCGACAUGGCGGCGACCGAGCCGAGUCCGCCGGCAUCACCGUCGACAUGACCAAUUUCCGCAAACCCGGCGAGAAAACCUACACGCAGCGCUGCCGCCUGUUCGUCGGCAACCUGCCCAACGACGUGAGCGACGAUGAGUUCAAGAAAAUGUUCGAAAAGUACGGAGAGCCGUCCGAGAUCUUCAUCAACAAGGAUAAAGGGUUCGGCUUCAUCAGGCUGGAAACUAGAACCCUGGCUGAAAUUGCAAAGGCAGAACUUGAUGAUACUACCCUAAGAGGAAGACAGAUAAGAAUUCGAUUUGCAACACACGGUGCUGCUCUUACAGUCAAGAAUCUUCCUCAGUUUGUAUCAAAUGAGCUGUUGGAGGAGGCAUUCUCGAUCUUUGGACCUGUGGAGAGAGCAGUGGUGAUUGUAGAUGACCGUGGAAAACCAACUGGCAAAGGCAUUGUAGAGUUUGCAGCAAAACCUGCUGCUCGCAAGGCUCUGGACAGAUGCACGGAUGGUGCAUUCUUAUUGACAGCUUUUCCAAGGCCUGUGACUGUUGAACCUUUUGAUCAGUAUGAUGAUGAAGAUGGACUUCAAGAAAAAUUGGUCCAGAAAAAUCAGCAUUAUCACAAGGAACGAGAACAGCCACCCAGAUUUGCACAGCAUGGGUCAUUCGAAUAUGAAUAUGCCAUGAGGUGGAAGGCUCUGCUUGAAAUGGAGAAACAGCAACAGGAGCAAGUCGAUAGAAAUGUGAAGGAAGCACGCGAGAAACUGGAAGUAGAACUGGAAGCUGCCCGUCAUGAGCACCAAGUCAUGCUAAUGAGACAGGAUUUAAUGAGACGUCAAGAGGAAUUGAGGCGCAUGGAAGAAUUGCACAAUCAAGAACUGCAAAAGCGUAAACAAAUAGAACUGAGGCAAGAAGAGGAACGCAGAAGACGUGAGGAAGAAAUGCUUUUGCGUCAACGUGAGAAAGAAGAAAUGAUGAGAAGACAACAGGAGGGAUUCCGAGGAAACUUCACUGAAAACAGGGAAAAUAUGAGGAUGGAAGAAAUUGCCCAGCGGAGUGGAAUGACCAUGCCAGUGGGUCUAACUGCAGCUGAUUUUACAAAUCUUAAAGCAGCCUCUGCAAACCAAGUCCCACAGCCACUGAUGGGAAUGAACAGGCCGACUGUGAAUACUAGCGCACCACCUCCACAAGGACCACCUGGGAACCUGGGAAGCCAAAUGCCAGAAAACAAUAUGGGAAUGAUGCUGCUCGAGAUUAGAAGGAAAGCAUGAAUUCAAAAUCCAGUGGAACUUCUGUUAUCAUCAGUUAAGUUGCAAACCUGAUCUCUUUGUCUAGAGGAAGAGACAGAAGGAAAUAGAGCCCUUUCAUGGUAAUGUCAUUUGCAAACAAAACUUUUAAUUUGGUGAUGUGCUUUUAUAUUUGAAAUGUACUCAUAUUUGGUUUUUAGAGACAGAAAAAACAAUAAAAUUGGAGAAUGUGGGUCAAUUGACUAAUUGUCACUUGUGUUGGAUAUUAAAUAUCCAGCUGUUGGGUGGGAGCUUUAAGUCAUUAUGGUCAUUUCAAAGUUUCUGUCUGUGAAAUUACUCAGUUUUGAAAUCUUGGAGACUGCGUGCUUAAUCUUUAAAAGAAAUGCUGCUUUGGAAUGCAAUGUACAACAUGUGCUGAAAUAUGGUCAAAUAUAUGUACGUGCAGAUAUGAUUAAAUAUUAGGAUUGAGUAUUCAGGAACAUCAAAGAAAAAUAUUUGCAUGUGUAAGCAAAUUUAACAACAAUCUAGAGUAGACUGUUGUACACCUCAUCUGUUGCUUAUUUUAAGAGUUUCCUUUUUUUCCUCCUUCCCUGCUUUUUUCUUGUGUCCCCACAUAGUCUGAAAGGGCUCCUGAGGUGAGACUUCUGGAAUUCAGUUCAUCUUUUAAAGCGUAUUGCUUCUUUUUGCAGUUAACUUAACCAUUUAAAUUAAGUUUUAAAAGUUUUAGCUAAUGUGAUGUUCCUGAAUUUCUUACGGAAAAUUACGUACAAACAUAGGACUUGGAACAAGAAUAGGCUAUUUGGCCCCUCAAGCGCAUUUGAUCAAUUUUGACCAUGUUCAAGAAUUUUAUCUUGCUCCAUCUUUUAAUAUAUUCAAUGAUCACCACCUCCACUACCCUCUGGUUGAAGAGAAUACCAAAAGCACAUUGUUCUUCUGAGGGAAACUUUAUUUUCCUCCAUUUUAAAAGGGCAAUGCUUAUUUUUAAAUUCUGUUGCCCAGUUCUAGUUGCUUCCUCAAGAGUAACCUUUCAGUGACCAUCCUGUAAAGAAGCUACAGGAUCUUAUGCUUCAUUAAGAGUGCCUCUUGUUCUAAACACCAGCAUACAGAGGCCAAAUCUGUCCAGCCUUUUCUCAUAGUAUAACCCUCUCAAAUCCCAGGAAUCAGUUGAUAAAAUCAACCUCAUUUGAACUGUUUUUAAGAUUUAUAUCCUUUUUUAAAUGAAGAGAGCAAAUUGUACGUAAUACACUCACUCCUUGUAAAUAGUGGAUCUGCAAACUCAUGAGGUUGUAUCCAGACCUAAUUUUUUUCCCCUGCUCUGAUUGAUCAUGUGGUACUUCAGUAUUUUGGGAUUUUAAUUGUUUAGUCAUCUGUCUUUUUGUAAAUGGUUGGUGGUCUGUGCUGCUGUUCCAUGGGGAUAACAAGAAUUUGGAAUUCUCUAAGCAUGGUCUGUCCAACUGAAGCAAAAUAUGCAAGCUUCUGUUUCAAUAAAUUUCAAUAUUAGAGUAAAUGA